AUGAGUAACGAUAACGAAUCAACUUUGAAAAGGAGGACUAAUGUCCCUGAAACCAAAUCUAAAGAUGAUUCAAACUCUCAUCAAAAUUCAACUGCAAAGUUGCCAUCUCGCAGACCUAAAUCAAAGUCAAAAUCAAAGGGACCACUUCUUAACAUUGCUCCCAUGAAUACUCCAAUGAAAUAUAGAUUACAAACUAUAGGAAUUAUUUGGCAUACAAUUUCGAUCCCAUUUUUCAUUAUAUUAUUCUUAUUUACACUUUAUCUUGGAUGGGUUGUCUGGUUAGUUGUAAUCCUUCCAUAUUUCAUUUGGUGGUAUGGAUUUGAUAUGCAUACUCCAUCGAAUGGAAAAGCUCAAUACCGGUAUCGUGAAUGGAUAAGAAAUCUAAUUGUAUGGGAAUGGUUUGUUGAAUAUUUCCCCAUCAGUGUCCAUAAAUCAUGUGAAUUGGAACCAACUUUCCAAACGGUUGCUGUUGAAGAUGCUGCAAUUCAACCUGAUGAUGAAGAAGAUCUUGUUUCGGAAAAUGCAAGAACUUUGAUUGAUAUUAUCUUCAAGAAACUAGGACUUCAAAAGAGAUUAAAUGUUAUUGAUUCCUAUUCACCACCUCCAACUUCAAGUAGGAAACAAAAGUUCAAAAAAGUUUCAGUCGGACCAAGAUAUAUCUUUGGAUAUCAUCCACAUGGAGUCAUCUCUAUGGGAGUAAUGGGGACUUUUGCUACUAAUGCAAUUAGAAAUGAACCAUUUGAACCUCCUGCAAAAUUUCUUAAACCUUUUUUCCAUGAUCCAAAUGGUAAACCAAGAUUACUUCCAAAUAUUGAAAAGAUUUUCCCCUUAACUUUAAGUACUCAAUUUACAUUACCAUUUUACCGAGAUUAUCUUUUAAGUUUAGGCUUAACCAGUGCUGCUGCGAAAAACAUCAAGAGUUUAAUCAACAAUGGUGAUAACUCAGUCGUUAUUGUUGUUGGUGGUGCUCAAGAAUCACUUUUAAAUGAUGUGGUUGCUUCACAUUCUAAAAUUGGUAAUGGAUAUAAAAAGCAACAACCAGAAUCUGAUGAUGUUUACCCUUCGAAUUCGGUUGAUGAAAAGCAACAAGAUAAACUUAACCAGGAUGAAAAAAUUGAAUCAAAUGCUAAUAGUAAAGACUCUGAAAAAUCAGAAGGAGUACCUGAAAGACAAAUCCGAUUGGUUUUAAAUAAACGUAAAGGUUUUGUCAAGAUUGCCAUUGAAUUGGGUAAUAUCUCUUUAGUGCCUAUUUUUGCAUUUGGAGAAGCUGAUAUUUAUAACGUUAACAUCCCAGAAGAGGGUUCUAUGGGUUAUACAUUCCAAUUAUGGAUGAAGAAAGUAUUCAGUUUCACUGUGCCAUUUUUCAGUGCUCGUGGUGUAUUCAUAUAUGAUUUUGGAUUCCUUCCUUAUAGAAAUCCAAUCAACUUGUGUAUGGGGAAACCUAUAUAUAUUCCCAGUGGAGCCUUGGCAGAGUAUCGGGCAAAGCAUCCUGAAUCGGAUGUAGAUUUGACAAGUGCAGCUGCUGAACUUUCAAGAUCUGAAGCUGUUGACAUUCAAAAGACUUCCAGUAGAAGUAAUUCCUUUUCCAAUUUGUUCAAAUUGAACCAGAAUAAGGUCCCUUCGAAGCCAACACCACCUAAGCAAAAGAUCCCAGCAGAAUUAUUGGACCAUUAUCAUAAACUUUAUGUCGAAGAACUUCAAAGAGUUUAUGAAGACAACAAACAUAGAUUUGGAUAUGGUGAUGUUAAGUUGAAUAUCAUUGAAUAG